AUGGGAUCACUAUACCGGUCAGAGCAGAUGCGAUUCUGCCAAAUGAUUGUCCAGAAAGAUGCUGCAUUUUCCUGUGUUGCUGAACUUGGCAAACAUCCUUAUGUUCAAUUUAAAGAUUUGAAUGCUAAUGUCAAUCCGUUCCAAAAAAUGUAUCUUCGUGACAUUCAACGGUUUGAAGAACUGGAAAGGAAGCUAAGAUUCCUUGAUGCCCAAAUACGUAAAGACGAUAUUGAAGUUAAUGAUGAUGUUGGCGGAGAUGACACAUAUGAAGUACUGGCACCACAUGAACUCAAUCAACUUGAGGGCACACUGAUUGAUUUAGAACGUGAUGUAAUCAAUAUGAACGAAAAUAAUAUAAUCUUGAAACGGAAUUAUUUUGAGCUAAAAGAAUGGGAAGCAAUUCUAGAGAAAACGGAUCACUUUUUCGAAGAAGGCAUUAGUGAUGUUGCAAUGCACGAAAUUGAAGCAAUGCAAGAAGAUCCUGCGCUUGUACUCAGAAGUGGAAAAGAGCCUAUAGGGUUUUUGGCAGGUGUCGUCAAUCGUGAUCGUGUGAAUGCCUUCGAGAAAGUUUUAUGGCGAGCUUGUCAUAAAACAGCAUUUAUACGUACUACCGAUAUUGAGGAGGAAUUAGAAAAUCCAGAUAGUGGUGAAAUCUGCUCGAAGUCAGUCUUUUUGAUUUUUUAUAAAGGCGACCGUUUACGGAUUAUUAUCGAGAAAGUUUGUGAAGGAUUCAAGGCUAAACUCUACAACAAUUGUCCAAAGAACAGCAAGGAUCGUCAUGCAGCAGCACGUGAUGUAAAAGCACGCAUAUCGGAUAUGCGUACGGUGCUGGGCCAAACUCAAGAACAUCGGUAUAAGGUGCUUCAGGCUGCUUCCAAUUCUGUCAGGCAGUGGCAAAAAGAGGUUCGCAUGCAAAAAUCGGUUUAUUAUACGUUGAACCUUUUUACCUUUGACGCUAUUGGUAAAUUUUUCGUUGCUGAAUGUUGGGUACCAUACGUUGAUCUCGAAAAUGUCCGCUUAGCACUUGAAGAAGGAGUGAGGAAAAGUGGUAGCAGUGUGAGACCUGUUCUAAAUCUUUUGGAGACUACCGAAGAGCCACCUACAUACAAUCGAGUUAACAAAUUCACAAGAGUUUUCCAGGCGAUCGUUGAUUCUUAUGGUACUGCCUCUUAUUUGGAAAUCAACCCAGCUCCUUAUACUAUCAUAACGUUCCCAUUUAUUUUUUCCUGCAUGUUUGGUGAUCUUGGACAUGGUAUAAUAAUGCUCCUGGUUGGUUUGUGGAUGGUACUUCGGGAGAAGAACCUUGCAGCACGUAAUAUUAAGGAUGAGAUCUUCAACAUGUUUUACGGCGGUCGUUACAUUAUUUUACUUAUGGGCAUUUUUUCGAUUUAUGCAGGUUUUCUCUACAAUGAUCUGUUUGCUAAAUCAUUUAAUCUAUUCGGUUCAAAAUGGCGUAAUCCAUUCCCUAAUGCGGAGAUUGAAUCUUGGGAUAGUCAAUCGAUCCUCAUGCAUAAAGAAAUAAUGAUCGAUUUGCCGCCAUCACGAUCCUAUAUGCAUGAUAGUGGGCCUUAUUGGUUUGGUGUAGAUCCUGUAUGGAAUUUAGCAGAGAAUCGACUAAACUUUUCAAACUCCUUAAAAAUGAAACUAUCAGUCAUACUCGGAAUUGCUCAGAUGACAUUUGGUGUAUUCUUAUCACUGUUAAAUUAUAUAUACUUCAAAUCAAAAAUUGAAAUAUGCACAGUGUUUAUCCCACAAAUUUUGUUCAUGCUCUGUAUAUUUAUCUACUUGUGUGUCCAAAUCAUCAUCAAAUGGCUAUUCUUCUGGGUUCAAGAGGAAUACAUCUUUGGGUUGCUUUAUCCAGGGUCAAACUGCGCUCCUUCAUUGUUGAUUGGUCUCAUCAACAUGUUUAUGUUCAAAUAUCGUCGGCUUGGCUUUCUAAAUGAAUCAAAAAUUGUUUCUCAAAAUGAUGGUCACGUUACAUAUGAGAACUGGCCAGAUUGUUACCUUAGUCAAUGGUAUCCUGGACAGUCAACCCUCGAAGCAAUUCUGGUUAUAAUAGCUGUAAUAUGCGUACCAGUAAUGUUAUUUGGCAAACCGAUUCAUUUUCUACUACAUCGCAAGAAGAGAAAUGUCAUUAGCGAUAAUGCUGUAAUAUGGAUGAAUCAGGAAAGCGAAAAGGCGGAAAUAACUUUGAACGAAAAUGGAAGCGGCUUAAAUAAAAAAGAUUGGGAAGAAACUAUAUCUGAUAAUGAAUGCGAGGAAGAGUCAUUUGGGGACGUUAUGGUUCAUCAAGCAAUCCACACAAUUGAGUAUGUCCUUGGUUGUGUGUCUCAUACAGCAUCAUACCUUAGACUAUGGGCUCUAUCACUAGCACAUGCCCAAUUAUCGGAAGUAUUAUGGGAAAUGGUACUUGUUCAAGCAUUUAGCAUUUCUGGCAUUGCUGGCUAUAUCGCUGCUUAUUUGGUAUUUUUUGCAUUCGGUGUUCUAACCGUCUCAAUUUUGGUACUCAUGGAAGGACUUUCCGCUUUCUUACACGCACUCCGAUUGCACUGGGUUGAGUUCCAGUCCAAAUUUUAUCUCGGACUCGGCUACCCUUUCCUGCCUUUCUACUUCAAGGACGUGCUACUGAAAGCAAAUGUUGUUGAAAAGUAA